CACUACACAGAGCAUGAAUAUUGGAAUUCUUAUUUCCUUGUUAUUCCUGGGAUUCUCUAGUUCUCGAAUCAUCGGCGAGAAAGAGAACCAAGUUCUUCAAAGUUAUUGUGGAAGAACCCCUUUCCUCCAACGAAGAAUCAUCAAUGGCAAACCGCUGGAAGCGUUUGAGAAUCCAUGGGCAGUUGCGGCCCAAUUUCAGUAUUACGUUCAAAAAGAUGGGAAACCAAAACGGUUGGUGAUGGUUUUUCCUGGUACCGUCAUUUCUCCAUACCAUAUUCUCACUUAUAACUUGGUACGUUCGUACGAUGGAGUUUUUGGUUUUCAACACAAGGAGAAUAUGACUUCAAAUGGAACUUGCCUUGGGGAACAUUAUUUUCUGCCAGAAGAAUACACGGACAGAUUCGAUAUCAUCAUGGAUCGCUCAAAGUUUGAUAUGACCCGCAAGUUCCAAGAUUUAGUUCGCCGAGUUAUUGUUAUCAAUGGGUGCCCAGACGUGAAUUCUGCAAAAGUAUUGAUCUUAGAACUUAAGAAGCCACUGGAGUUGAACCCUUCAAUUUGGCCAGUAUGCAUUUCGAACGAUCCACAAUUAUUUGACAGAUCAAGUGAUUUCUCUGUGUCUGGUAUAGACGCUAAGGGUGUUUUGAAUUCGGGAUUGUUCAAGCCAGUUAAUUGCUCAGUUGAAGGACCUUUUUCAUGUGCCGAAGCGGUAGAUAAUAAACAACGAAUGUGCGCAUAUGACUCCGGAGGUAGUGCAAUAAGCAACGUUUCCGGACAAAAUACCGUUCUUGGAGUGUAUGUAACAGGGAACAUGAACUGCAAUGCGAAUCCACAGAACCUCACAGACUUCAAAUUCAUAAACAUUGCUAACCAUCGAGAGUCGAUUUGCAAGCUAACAGGAAUAUGUGUGCCAGAUCCAGAGAGAAUCGAUCCCACAUCAUCCGCACUUCCACCAACUCCAUACGAACCAGUUGGUUAUGACGGAGAAGUUUUAACCGCUGAACACUUCGACCCUAUGAGACUUAAUGGUUCGGACCCCGCGGAAUCCAUCAGAGCGGAGAGAAUUGACCCGAUGAAACUGAACGGUUCAGCGCAUCAUGGAGAAGGUGUUAAGAAGACAGUCAACAUUUAUAUUAAUUGGAAUAAGAAAACCUAAAUUUUCAUUGAAAUCGACUCUGAAUGAAGUUUUACUUUU